AUGAGAGCUACAGAAAGCCCCCGAAGAAAAAGCUGUGUAAUGCUCACAUCGUUACCCACAGAUGUAAAUGAAUCUAGAGCUUCAGCGGGGCUUUUGGCGGAUGAUGAAAGGGAUGCCGGUGGCUGCGGGAGUCCGCCCGAAGGAGAGAAACGUGAUGAAGGCAGCUGCGGUGAUGAUGAGGUUAGCAGGAGGUACGGAAACAGGAGCAAAUAUCUUCGGCUCGUGGGGCUCAUCUUUGCCGUCAUUCUACUCACUCUCAUCAGCAUUUCUUCGUAUAUGAAGUUGCUCCUUUCCACAUCCAACAUUUCUCCCCUCGAUAUCCCUGCAGAGCUCGAGGAUGGAGAUGGAGAUAGGGCCAAGAACAGCGUGUUUGGAAUUCAGCUCCACCCGGAAUAUCAUGCGGAACGUGUUGCAAAAACCAUCACACAUCACUGGAGUAUCACAUCGGAUUACCGCUUUCCAGAUGGUGUUAAGAAAUCGGUUUACCUUGUCAAUGGACAAUUCCCUGGUCCGACCAUCGAGUGUCGCUCAGGUGACCGAUUGGUCAUCCAUAUCACCAACGAGCUGUCUACGGAUGAAGGGGUCUCAAUACAUUGGCAUGGUCUGCAUAUGCGGAAUUCCAAUGCUAUGGAUGGAGCUGUUGGCUUCACCCAGUGCCCAGUUCCCAAAAGUAGGACUUUUUCUUAUGAGUUUGAUAUUGAUCAAGACCAGCACGGGACCUUCUGGUGGCAUGCCCAUUCUGAAGUUCAAAGGGGUGAUGGAAUGUACGGAGGGCUCGUGGUCCAUAGGCCGUCGGCGGGGAAAACCGAAAUGGAGGAAUAUGGAUAUGAGCGAGAUGUCCUACUUCUUAUUGGAGAUUGGUAUCAUCGAACGGCUGGAGAGGUUCUCGAUUGGUAUACUAGUGUCCGCGGAUUUGGCAAUGAACCCGUCCCAGACUCAUUACUCGUAAACGGUGUGGGAAGAUUCAUAUGUUCGAUGGCAGUACCUGCAAGGCCAGUCGAAUGUUCCGAUAUAACAAUAGAUGGGAUUUCUGCACUGCUUGGGUCAAAUAAAGACCUCGCGCUAACAAGACUAAGGGUAGUUAAUGUCGGGUCACUUGCGGGCUUUACCCUCGGAAUCUCAUCAGGAACGUUUACCCCUCUGAAAUUGGACGGAGGUAGGCCCAUCUCAGGGUCGCCUUCAAAUUCUGUUGGAGUACUAUAUCCUGGAGAACGGGUAGAUCUCCUUCUAAAAGUACCCAACCAAGAUGCUGUUUCUUCAUCGUUACAUAUUAACUUAGAUCCAGAAAAUUUCAAGUUCCCAAACCCUGCUCUGCGGCCCAAUCAAACAUUUUCGCUUAUAUCUUCCGUCCAAGAUAUUCCCAUCAGCGAUAGAAAACGGCAUGCUCUAGAUAAUUCGUCAAAUUUUGACCUUGGCUCCGCUAUUUCCGCUGAGCCCAAUGACUCCAAUUCCUCAUUUCCAGAGCAUCCGCACCAAAUCAUACUGUUAUACAUUAGGACCGAGAAACUGGCGAAAUUCGCCAAUCACCCCAUGGGCUUCAUCAAUCGGACAUCAUGGUUACUGCAGAACAACCCAGCUCUCCCCCUCAUUUCUCUUACAAGGAGCCAGUGGGACUCGAACCAAUUCGUUCCAUGGGUUCCUACUUCACAAACAACCGAAACUUGGGUUGAUAUCAUCCUCAACAAUCUUGACGACGGCGCUCAUCCGUUCCAUCUCCAUGGCCACGAUUUCUACGUUCUGGCAUCAUAUCGCUCCGAGCAUGGCUGGGGGAGUUAUUCCCCUUAUGCAUCAUCGGGGUCAUCUGCUUUAAAGCCAAAGCUAAAUUUGAAAAAUCCACUGCGGAAGGAUACGGUUGCCGUUCCCAGAAGGGGUUAUGUGGUGCUGAGAUUUCGUGCAGAUAACCCCGGUAUCUGGAUGCUCCAUUGCCAUGUUUUAUUUCAUCAAGCAAGUGGAAUGGCGAUGGGGAUUUUAGUAGGUGGGAAUGAUGCCCAUGACAAUUUGGAUUUAGUUCCAAAGGAGUCUUGCCAAAACGUUGAUUGA